AUGGCAGGCGUGCCCAUCACAACGCAAAUCGACCAGGCCAUCGAGGCUCUAUCCGCCGACCUCAACGCUGAAUUGGCCUCUUCCACUCAUCCCAAUCCCUACCAAGCCAUCUGGCGCAGUUCAUUACGACGCGGCUGCCUCAUUCCCACGGGCUCCUUCGCUUGCGGCGUCUGGAACAAAGGAGACGACAUCCACCUGAUCUACAGCGGCCCUGUUUCUCACGACCUGUACUGGAAACUCGUCCACGAGAACCUCGCUCUCGCCAGCAGCGAGAAGUUGGAAAAGGAGCGUCGGAGCGGAAGUAUCGAACUGUCCUCACGUGCUCUCUCCAAAGGUGUGCAGAAAGAUGGCGGUGUCGUGCGGGAAUUCGCCCGCUUGAGCCGCAGAGAUCAGGCUGCUUGUCGAUUUUAUCUUCACUACCUCGCUGGCUCCUGGGCCCAAAGCAGUGAAGACACGUCGCGUGAACGCCAUUUGGAGUUGCUACGCGACACGCAAAUGCUCAUCAAAACACUUUCCGAUGAGCAGAUGAGAUACCAUUUCCGUGCCCUCUACCACCGUCUCUAUCGCUGGACUCAGCGCAAUGGUCUUUUCGGACCCAAAUUCGGCUUCCUCGCCAGCAAUCAUCUCGUCGCGCUCGCGCACGGCGCGCUUCCGAGAACUUUUCCGCCAGAAGUGGACAUGCUAGAUGAAGAAGUCGCUGAAGCCUUCCAGGCGGAGAAGUUUGCUUUAAUUAAAGGCGAUCUGCGCUUGCUCUGCCGCCAACUGACAAGCGGCGAGACCUUUUCCACCCUCGCAAGCGCUGCGAACCUCUCUGCAGCUACGCAACGCAUCCAUGACACCUUGACACCAGAGGCCAAAGUCGCAGUCGAAGAAGUACUCUUCUGGGAGGAGCGGGCAUCGACUGAUGGCACCAUUCUGUCCUCCCCUCACAGCGUAGGCUACAGCCACUUCCUCACCGACCACGCGUACUUCUUCCACGUGAACAGUGAGAGCUGGUCCCUAGACGGCCGCGCGCACUUCCAGGACUACGACGUGCCCCGGAACAUCUCCAAGGUGAUCGCCGCCUUCCGCCCAGCAGCGACCAGCGCGAGACGCGCGCGCUACCACAUCCGCAGUCUCCGCGUCUGGCCCGAGCCACUCCACUACUCCCCUCAGCAAACCGAGCAGGCUUUCCUCGUAGGAAUCAAUCUCGACGCCGACGCGCCUCAAAGCGAGCAGCUCUACAAGGAACGACUAGCAGAUUUCCAAGACACCAUCGAGCGUGAAGUGCUCGACUACAACCGGACGACGUCCUUGAUUACAUUCACCUUAGUCUCCCGCAAAGACCUCCCAACGCUCCUGGAGGGAAAGCAUACCUCGCGUGAGACACAGCGAGAGGAACUAAACCCCAACUCACCAUCAAGCUCACCCCCAGGAAACCCCAACCCACACACCACAUCCCAAUCCCCAACCCAAGAAGCCUCCCCACCUCCAACAACAGACCCAACAAAAGCCACACCCCCCUUCCGCUCCGCACACUCCGCCAUCUCACGCCUCCGCCACGACCCCCAGCACAGAACCACCGACUACGAACUCGGCUACGAAGACCGCUUCCAGCACGAGCUCAUCUGGAUCCCGCUGGAGUCGUGGGGCGGCAAAGCGACGGAGGACCUGGACUUCAUUCCCGAGCAUCGCGUGCGGGCUUUGAGGCGCGCGGAGGGGAGGGAGGUUGUGUGGGAUCGGGGGCGGAGGGUGGAUUUGCUUUGA